AUGACGUCAGGCGGUGUGACGAACGGUGAGAGGCCAGAAAAUCUCGGGUUACGCAAGACGUCAUUGGAACCGGAUUUGACGAACAUACGCACGAAAUGCCAUGGAAACUGUUUUUUACUAUGCAUGUAUAGUGCCAGAACAUUCUCCACAGACGCCGGUCUUCACGUCCUUCUUGGAGCCGCAGAUUGCAUUGGAUUUCACGUGAUCGCAUUACAAGAAACAAAAAUCAAGAAAACCGACAUACGGCAACUGAACAAAGGGACCCUUGUGAUUCGUGGAGAAAAAGUCCCGUCACGAAAUGUCAGUGGCGUAGGCUUCGUCGUCCACCCGUCCAUUGUCCAUCUCGUCGACGAAGAUGGUGCUUACUUGACACACCGGUAG